GAGUAGUGUGGUUAUAUGUAAGACUUUAGGUUGAGAUUUGUGCUAAACUUUUUAUAGAUGAAAUGAUAUGUCUGGGAUUUCCUUCAGAAUAAUCUGGCAGGGGGACAUGGAACCAGAUAUGGAUAGAGCCGUGCUGGCCCCAGCUUGAUGUUUUUGGGGGCCAAGUAGUGGGACAUGGGGUUCAUUGUACAGUUUGUCUGCUUUUGUUUAUGUUCAGAUUUUUUUCCAUGAUAAAAACCAGAAGGACAAGGAAUUCAGAAGAUUCAUCUUUAGAACUUCACUUAUUUGAGGGGUAAUUUUAAAGCAGUAAAAAGAUUAAGGGUUUAUGAUUUGGAAACUUUACAAACCAAAAUUAUUUACAGCAACGAAAAAUCUUGUCUGAUGCAUGCAACCACUGAAGAAGCGAAAUCGGGCUUCCACGGCAGCAUCUUCAGCUCUUGGGUUUAGCAAAAGUUCAUCUCCUUCUGCAUCCUUAACUGAGAAUGAGGUCUCGGACAGCCCGGGAGACGAGCCCUCGGAGUCCCCAUAUGAAAGUGCAGAUGAAACACAAACUGAAGUGUCUGUCUCAUCCAAAAAGUCUGAGCGAGGAGUUACUGCCAAAAAGGAGUACGUGUGCCAGCUGUGUGAGAAGCCGGGCAGCCUCCUGCUCUGUGAAGGACCCUGCUGCGGAGCUUUCCACCUCGCCUGCCUUGGGCUUUCCCGGAGGCCAGAAGGGAGGUUCACCUGCAGCGAGUGUGCCUCAGGGAUUCACUCAUGUUUCGUGUGUAAAGAGAGCAAGACAGAUGUUAAGCGCUGUGUGGUAACUCAGUGUGGAAAAUUUUACCAUGAGGCUUGUGUGAAAAAAUACCCUCUGACUGUAUUUGAGAGCCGAGGUUUCCGCUGCCCCCUUCACAGCUGUGUGAGCUGCCACGCUUCCAACCCUUCAAACCCAAGGCCGUCAAAAGGUAAAAUGAUGCGGUGUGUCCGCUGCCCUGUUGCCUAUCACAGCGGGGAUGCUUGUCUGGCAGCAGGAUGCUCAGUGAUCGCCUCCAACAGCAUCAUCUGCACUGCCCACUUCACUGCUCGGAAGGGGAAGCGACACCAUGCCCACGUCAACGUGAGCUGGUGCUUUGUGUGCUCCAAAGGGGGGAGCCUUCUGUGCUGCGAGUCCUGCCCAGCGGCCUUCCACCCUGACUGCCUGAACAUCGAGAUGCCUGACGGCAGCUGGUUCUGCAAUGACUGCAGGGCUGGGAAGAAGCUGCACUUCCAGGAUAUCAUUUGGGUGAAACUUGGGAACUACAGAUGGUGGCCGGCAGAAGUUUGCCAUCCCAAAAAUGUUCCCCCAAAUAUUCAGAAAAUGAAGCACGAGAUUGGAGAAUUCCCUGUGUUUUUCUUUGGGUCUAAAGAUUAUUACUGGACGCAUCAGGCGCGAGUGUUCCCGUACAUGGAGGGGGACCGGGGCAGCCGCUACCAGGGGGUCAGAGGGAUCGGAAGAGUCUUCAAAAACGCACUGCAAGAAGCUGAAGCUCGUUUUCGUGAAAUUAAGCUUCAGAGGGAAGCCCGAGAAACACAGGAGAGCGAGCGCAAGCCCCCACCAUACAAGCACAUCAAGGUGAAUAAGCCUUAUGGGAAAGUCCAGAUCUACACAGCGGAUAUUUCAGAAAUCCCUAAGUGCAACUGCAAGCCCACAGAUGAGAAUCCUUGUGGCUUUGAUUCGGAGUGUCUGAACAGGAUGCUGAUGUUUGAGUGCCACCCGCAGGUGUGUCCCGCAGGCGAGUUCUGCCAGAACCAGUGCUUCACCAAGCGCCAGUACCCAGAGACCAAGAUCAUCAAGACAGAUGGCAAAGGGUGGGGCCUGGUCGCCAAGAGGGACAUCAGAAAGGGAGAAUUUGUUAACGAGUACGUCGGGGAGCUGAUCGAUGAGGAGGAGUGCAUGGCGAGAAUCAAGCACGCACAUGAGAACGACAUCACCCACUUCUACAUGCUCACUAUAGACAAGGACCGUAUAAUUGACGCUGGCCCCAAAGGAAACUACUCUCGAUUUAUGAAUCACAGCUGCCAGCCCAACUGCGAGACCCUCAAGUGGACAGUGAACGGGGACACUCGUGUGGGCCUGUUUGCCGUCUGCGACAUUCCUGCAGGGACGGAGCUGACUUUUAACUACAACCUCGAUUGUUUGGGCAAUGAAAAAACGGUCUGUCGGUGUGGAGCCUCCAAUUGCAGUGGAUUCCUCGGGGAUAGACCAAAGACCUCAACGACCCUUUCUUCAGAGGAAAAGGGCAAAAAGACCAAGAAGAAAACCAGGCGGCGCAGAGCAAAAGGGGAAGGGAAGAGGCAGUCGGAGGACGAGUGCUUCCGCUGCGGCGAUGGUGGGCAGCUGGUGCUGUGUGACCGCAAGUUCUGCACCAAGGCCUACCACCUGUCCUGCCUGGGCCUUGGCAAGCGGCCCUUCGGGAAGUGGGAAUGUCCUUGGCAUCAUUGUGACGUGUGUGGCAAACCUUCAACUUCAUUUUGCCACUUCUGCCCCAAUUCAUUCUGUAAGGAGCACCAGGACGGGACAGCCUUCAGCUGCACCCCGGACGGGCGGUCCUACUGCUGUGAGCAUGACUUAGGGGCGGCAUCGGUCAGAAGCGCCAAGACUGAGAAGCCCCCGCCAGAGCCAGGGAAGCCAAAGGGGAAGAGGCGGCGGCGGAGGGGCUGGCGGAGAGUCACGGAGGGCAAAUAGCGCCAGGCGGCAGCUUGGCCGGAUCCACGGGCGGUGUAGGGCGGCCGGCCCUGCCUGCGGGAGAGGGCGAGCAUGAACUGGCCCAGAGGACCCAGCUUGAGCCGCCAGGACACAGACGUACAGGCCUCCUCGGGAGGGAGCGCCUCCCUACCACUGAGCCAUCCUCAGCAGCGUCUGCUGCGUCUGCACUGAUGACCGUCUGAGCCCAGCUCGGCGUUCCUGGACAAACAGCCUCACUCCUCAGCGUUACCGCCACACUUGAAUUUCUCAGAAUGUCAAGGUUCCCUCCCACUCGUAUUUUGUUAGGUUAAAGUUAAUUGGCAUAUGGAAUGUUUUAAUCUCCUCUGAAAUGUGUAGCGUAGGCUUUUCCCGAGGGUCGCUAGAAACUCGGCUUCGCGUUGCUCUGCUUCUGCUUUCAGCGCCGUCGCCACUCAGGAGAGGCCGGGUAAGGCCCGUGUGAGGACUGACCCUGGAUUCCUCGAAACCGCCAUUGUGAUCAUUACUCUGCUCUUUGGAAAUGGCUGCAUCAUUUUUUUGUACUAAUGUGAAUUGUUCCUCAGAAAUGCUUCUUUUCCAUCCUAGUGAGAAGCUGGCCACGCAGGUGGUAGCAGCAAUGGUGUUGUAAGAUUUCCUCCCGUAGUUUUUUCUCGUCAUGGAUUUGAAUGAAAUGCCAAUAACACGUCCACUUCAACGUGUAGUUCCCGCGGAGCACUUUCGAGGCCUGGCCGGGUUGGGCCACGUCUCACCUGGGCCUAUCUUCUGAACUCGCUAGGUUCUUAUCAACAUUUGGGGGAGAACUUUGUAUAUUUUUUUCAUUUGGCUUUUCUUUACCAGUUUCUGAUUUUUAUUCUCAAUAUAUUUUUGCUAAACCUAUUUCACAAAUCACCACCGACUGAAAUGUGUCUUUACUGAUGCGACCCUGAGUUCCAUGGCGAAAGGAGUGACUUCUGCAGGGCCUGAGACCACAGUCCGCUUAGAGCACAGGAAGUGACAACUUAGGGAGCCCCGCAGGGCGCUGCAGGCCCCAGGGACCACAGCACAUGGGUCUAAAGAGAGACCCAGAGUCUAGCCCUCCUGCCACCCAGAGUGGCUUCCAUCUCAGCACUCUGGAUCUGCUGAUGGAAGACGCAGACUGCUGAUCACAGUCGCCCUCUGCCAGGGCACCCACUGAGAGGUGUGGUCGUGGGGGUGGAGGCCUGCCUGGCAGGUGUGCGUGCCUCGCCCGUGUGUCAUGGGCACUGGUCUAGGCCAGGUCUGACCCCCACUUUCCUGUGAGGUUUCACUUUAGUUUUUCAAAGAUCCAGUUCUACAAAGUGAGACCUAUCUGAGUACUACGUAUGUUGUAAGAAUUGGUUCUUUCUUGAGGGACCCUCGACCCUGGGAAGUUUGGAGCACCCUGAGAAGGGGGCAUGGUGUGUGCCUCUGCCCACGUGCCCUGAGGGGCUGCUUGUCUGGGAGGGAGGAGGGAGAGAACAUUCAGCAGCAGGUGCUUUUUUUAUGGCCUUUUCUUAACCUACAGAGGGCACAUCCAUAUUGCAGAGAAGUUUACAAAACUCCCCUUGAAAACUGUUGCUGAGGCUCCUGUUCAUUUUCUGUGGCAUCUUUUAUGCCUUGGUAAACUGCAGUGUCUUUGGACCUGAGACUGGCUACUCUGUGGUUUUGUGAUCUGUAAGUGUGGGGUUUGGGGUGUGUGGCCCACAGGGUCCCACGCCUCCCUGAGCACUGACUGGGAAGUUUCACGGAUUGGUGGCUGUCCCUUCUCCCAUCACAGUCCGCAGCAAAGUUAACUACACAGAGGAGCCAGGGGAAACGAGCUGAGGCCACUGACUUGCUCGUGUGGCCGUGGCCUCUGAGAUGCACUUGCUGGUUAAGAUGGGGUGGGGGUGCUUUCCAGUUCAGACUCUAACUUCUCUCAAAUUGUCCUAAGAAAAUACUGGAUCGGCUCAUACAUUUAUGCUCCUUAUGCCCUAACUUGGAAGGUUGUUAUAGGGACAGGCCAGGCAGUGUCCCCACAUACACGUAUGGCCCUGGCCUUUAGAGUCUAAGGCUCCAGGACCCUGCUGUCAUUUGCCUGAAAGAUCCUUUCCGGCAGCUAAGGGACUAAUAAUGCUUACGUGAAAACAUCAGAACCGGCUUUGCAGUGCACUUUGGGGAGCAGAUAUUAACUUAUUUUUGUGUUUGACAGUAGUGAAAUAUUGUGACUUUUAAUUGCUUUGAUACUACUCCCAAAUUAUUUUAUGAUCUUUCUGAAGGAAAUACUGCAAAAAUUUUAAAUAUGGUUCCUCCCCCUUUCCAAAACCUGUAAAACUAAUGAGCAAAUAACACUAACUUUGAAUGUCUCUAGAAUACCCGUUGAUAACUCGGUGGAGCCAGGCUUUGGGGUAGCGGCCCUGAGCUUGCAGGGCUUCUCUCCACUGCGGCUGACCAGGCCCCCAGCUCUGACUGUGGGUGUGGUUGGCUCUCGGCCCUGCCCAGCUUUGUUAUGAGGAUGCCGUGGCUUCCUGAUCAUCGGCUUCAAUUCUUUGUCAUUAAUGUGAAGCAAAACACAAAAACUGCCCCAAUCCUUCAGGAUUCCCUGGCAUCCGAAACCAAGAUCUGCACCUAAACCCAUACCCACCCGCGUGUGCUCACAGGGCACGUGUUCGAUUGGGCAGCUUAAAACGUGGUCACCUGUGGGGGAAACUCUUCAGGCACCUGAAGUGAGAACCCAGCUGUCCGUCCUCAGGCCAGCCUUUCUUUCGGGGACACCCGUCCGCGGCUGUCUGGGUCCCCUUCGUGGUGUUUGUCUUGACGUCUAAACCCCGGUGUGCGCAGUGCCCAUCUUCCAGAACUACCUUAUUUUCAAGAAUGAAAUCUGUUUUAUAAUUCAAGUUAAUGCAAAUGACUGUCAGUUGCCAAAUAUCUUGAUCCUAUGAGUGUAGUUGAUGACUGUUAGUAAAGUGCUGUGUCCAUGGGGUGUCGCGGCCUCACCAGACCCCGUUGAGGUGUGAAAUGCCCUGUCGGAAAUUAAAUACAAACUUAAAUGUGCCUAUUGGUGUCUAAACUUCAUACAAUAUACGGUCAGAUUCCUUUUAGGAAUACUGGGUGCUGUCACCAGGUUUGAUAGUUAGACUUAAAAACUUGAAAUUCACUUUUGGGGGGAUGUACUGAAAUAGAGAUUUGAGACUUGCCAGUUGGGGGAAAAUAGCGUUUAAAAUGGAAAGCUGUGUUUGGAAAAUUGUGUAUGAGUAUUUUUGUAUUAAAAACAUUUUAAAGGCU